UGGUCUGCAUAUCAUUUUGUUCUAGGUACGCCCCUGGCUAUGGGUAUAUCUAUCGUGAAUCGGCUGAAAUUGCUAGAACUAAAACACGUGUCUGCUGGACGGUUUCUGAUUUAAGGCUGAUCGGAAACAUACUUACAAACCAUCACACAUAAUGGACGUUUUGCUGAGACAAGUUUUGAUUAUCUAUUUAUGUAAAGAAGUACAGGUCAACUUUGUUCAUGGCACCUGGAAAGUGAUAGACUCCAUGUCUGACGUUUACACCAACUCGUCAGUUCUGUCCAGCCAUCAGGACGUCACGUGUAUCGAGUGCGCCGCCAGGACCCUGAUGCUGGACGGAGAGGGUUACUCCUGUAACCGUGGCGACCAGAUGUGUAUGAUCUACAGUGCCUGUCAUAUAAAGGACCGUCUGACCCCUGGGGACUGGGAGCCAAUCGCAGGAUGGCUACAUUUCUGUACAAAAAUUAAAUUAGCUACAGAAUUCGGAGAGGGCUGGCUUGAUCUCGGAAUACAACUCAGCAGGAGAAAGUCAAUACGCUUCCAGGUCAAGGCCACUAGAGGUGUGCAUAUUGGACUGAAUUCUGGAAACAACACGGACAGUCCCGGCUACUGGGUUAUACUAGGAGGGUGGAACGGGACAAAAUCGUGUCUGAGGGAUGGAUGGAGUCAGUGUUAUUCAAAUUACAUCGGAACUGUAUUAAGUGGCGAACAGUAUAGAUCGUUCUGGGUCACCUGGAAUGAAGGUCGUGUAAGAGUGGGGACAGGGGAAACACCAGGUAACGGAACAUUCAUGGACCGCGUGUUUCCUAACGUAUAUACCGUGCGACAUGCUCUGAUAAGGACAGAUGUUAGAGGAGAUUGGGUUAUUCACUUGUAAUGUACCUGCAGCCUCACAUAUAUCAUAAUUGAGGCGCUUUUUCAAAAUUGAAUCAAGUUUUUGAAGUUUGCUGUAAGCUUUACCGUCAUGUGAUUGUAUAUUCUGUAUGAAAAUUUUUUCCAGUUUCAGACAAUUUUUACCUGUAAUGUACCUGCAACAUCUAACAGAAUUCUCUCCGGUAAUAGAGUGUUAAACCAAAUCUUUCACGUUUAUAUGCAGAAUUUGAAGUUUCAUUGUCGUGGCAUUAUUAUAAAAACUGAAACAAGUUUUUGAAGUUUUUUGCAAGCUUUCUCUACCAUGUUGUUGUAUUUUCUGUAUGAAGGUUCUUUCUUGUUUUAGAAGAUUAUAAUAAAUUAAUCAAAUAAAAUUGUUUUUACCUAUCUUAAUA